GGCGGCUCAGGACUUUUGCACAGCACUGUACAUGCCUAAAUGCAGUGAGUUGCAGUUAUCCGACUGGGUAACAGGUAUGCCUAAUAAAAGUGUUUGCCUUUUAUUUAUUUAUUUGCUUUUUUCAUUAAGUUCAUUCUCAUUUUUUUACAUAAUAACUCUAAAAGUGCCUUCUAGGUAAAUGUUUGCCUGUUUUGAAAUGAACACAGAUUCAUUCUGAGCUACUGUAAUAACACCGGCCAAGGGAGAUGGUGUUGGGCAAGUGAAGUAGUAGUGGCAGCGAUCUAAAUUUAGUCGCCCUCUGCUUGUGAACUAAAUACCAAUGACAACAGACAAACUGACACCCACCCACCCACUCAUUCAGUCACUCACAGGCUGCAGCCCCCACUUGCUGCCCUCCCCAACACAAGCCUCAGUAACGGGGAGCGUGAGCGCCCACACGGGUCACACUACCCGGUCUGACCUCACCUUUCUUUCCCCGAGGAGACAGGCACAACUUGAGACAACCCCCCGAGGGUCCUUCAGGACAGCCAUGUCACAGUUCUCCACCAUGACAACCAGAGAGAGGAAAAUGCAGGCAGCAGCAAUCUGCAGGGAGGUUCAAGCCCAAGAAGAUAUAGAAAUGGAUCUGGGAAAGAAAAUGAGUGUGCCUAAGGACAUAAUGCUGGAGGAGCUGUCUUUCGCCUCCAACCGGGGCUCCCGUCUCUUCAAAAUGCGUCAGAGACGAUCAGAAAAAUACACUUUUGAGAGCAUCCAGAACCAAAACAACACACAGCUGAAUAGCAUUGCCAUCUUCCAAACUGAGACUGGGAAUACCACUGACAGCCACAGCGGCCAGAACAACGUAGGUCUUGACCAGCCACCGAAAGUGACAUGUGACACAACAACUAUGGAAAUGGUGCCAGAUCCCACCAGCAUUGCUCCGGGGUAUGGAGGUCCUUUGAAAGACAUCCCUCCGGAGAAGUUCAACAGUACAGCUGUGCCGAAGUCCUACCACUCACCCUGGGAGCAGGCCAUUAUCAAUGACCCUGCCUUGGCUGACACUCUCAUCACCCGCAUGCCAGAGCUGGCACCUCAACAAGACCUGCCAGGGUACAAAAGCUUCAACAGGGUGGCAACCCCUUUCGGUGGUUUCAGCAAAGCACCCAGGCCUGCUCCCGUCAAGACCCUUCAGGUAGAAACCCUCCCAGAGCUCCCGGAGCUCCAAGGGGACACCCCAGUAAUUCGACCCUCCUUCAACAGAUCUGCUCUGGGGUGGGUGUCUACGGGAGGUCCAGUCCCCCUCCCUAAUGUUUCUGUCGAGAAUGCGCUCAUCCCUGAGUCAGAAGACCUUUGAACCCAUGUUGAAGUCACACAGAGAUGCUGUCUACUUAGUUGCUUAACCUGAGGUUGUUGUUUGUGGAGUGACGCUGGAGUCAGAACAGAGCAUCCUGUUGGGUGUUGCUGGUUCAAGUUAGCGUGUAUGUAGCACCCUUUGGUCUUUCCAGUGAUGUUAACAGUUGCACUGCAGGGAAUAAUUUUAAAAAAAUCACUGUGUACAUUAGACAGACACACUACUGAAAACUGUUGUAUAUUGAUUUUCAUAAACAGAUUUUAUCUCACAUUUUUGCUCAAUAAAGUGGCGUACAAUGAUCAAAAAUCCAA